GUCCUGGGUCGAGGCGAGGGGGAGGCGGUGGCCACCGAGAAGCCGGCAGGGGCUUGCAAGUCCCUCGUCCGGCGCGCGCCCUUCGCAGAGGGAAGGAGCAGGAGGGCCCCUACCUCAUCGUGCGCGGGCGGGGUCGGCGCUUGUCGCGUGUGGGGCGCAGUGGGGCGGGCGGCGGGAGGGGGGGUGGCCGUGGAGGGAGCGAGAGAUGCAGGGGUGACUUUGUUGGCAGCAGGACUAGCUGUAGAGCUAGACCUGGAAGCGCAUCCGGGGAGGACUUACGGGGCAGAGGAGGGCGUGGGUGUGUCUGGUAUGGGAUGCAGUGGAAAGGAGGGGGCCCUCCUGAUUAGGUCUGUGGGUGGUUCUUUUGAGGGAGCCUGGUCUUCCCGUCUGCCCUUUUAUUUGUCAGCGAGGGAGUCCCCAUGGUCUCUGUUCAAGUUCUGGAAACUUUCUCUUUGGGUGGGCUUAAUCAUCUCCUACUACAUCGUAGAACUGCCCAGGGCCCUUUCUGAUACUGGUCACAAACGUGGGGAGUAUGUCAGAAAACAGAAAGCCGCUGCUGGGCAUUGUAAGCAAACUCCCUAAUGGGACUGCACUUGGAAACUCAGGCAAGACUCACUGCCCCUUGUGCUUGGGGCUUUUCAAAGCCCCCAGGCUCUUGCCUUGUUUGCAUACAGUUUGCACCACGUGUCUGGAGCAGCUGGAGCCCUUCUCAGUAGUGGACAUCCGAGGGGGAGACUCUGACACAAGCUCUGAGGGGUCAAUAUUCCAGGAACUCAAGCCACGAAGUCUGCAGUCGCAGAUCGGCAUCCUCUGUCCGGUAUGUGAUGCUCAGGUGGACCUGCCCAUGGGUGGAGUGAAGGCUUUAACCAUAGACCACCUGGCCGUGAAUGAUGUGAUGCUGGAGAGCCUGCGUGGGGAAGGCCAGGGCCUGGUGUGUGACCUGUGCAACGACAGGGAAGUAGAGAAGAGGUGUCAGACCUGCAAAGCCAACCUCUGCCACUUCUGCUGCCAGGCUCAUAGGCGGCAGAAGAAAACGACUUACCACACCAUGGUGGACCUAAAAGACUUGAAAGGCUACAGCCGGAUUGGGAAGCCCAUCCUGUGUCCUGUUCAUCCUGCAGAGGAACUGAGGCUGUUCUGUGAGUUCUGUGACCGGCCCGUGUGCCGGGAUUGCGUGGUGGGGGAGCAUCGGGAACACCCCUGUGACUUCACCAGCAACGUCAUCCACAAGCAUGGGGACUCUGUGCGGGAGCUCCUCAAAGGUACUCAGCCCCACGUGGAGGCCUUGGAGGAAGCCCUGGCUCAGAUCAACAUAAUGAACAGUGCCCUGCAGAAGCGAGUGGAGGCAGUGGCAGCUGAUGUCCAGACAUUCUCGGAGGGCUACAUUAAGGCCAUUGAGGAGCAUCGGGACAAGCUGCUGAAGCAGCUGGAAGACAUACGAAUCCAGAAAGAAAAUUCCCUGCAGCUGCAGAAGGCCCAGCUGGAACAGUUACUGGCAGACAUGCGGACUGGAGUGGAGUUCACCGAGCACUUGCUGACCAGCGGCUCAGACUUGGAGAUCCUUAUCACCAAGGGGGUGGUAGUAGAACGGCUCAGGAAGCUGAACAAAGUUCAAUAUAGUGCCCGUCCUGGAGUAAAUGAUAAGAUACGCUUCUGUCCUCAGGAGAAAGCAGGCCAGUGCCAUGGCUAUGAAAUUUAUGGUACCAUUAAUACCAAAGAGGUUGAUCCAGCCAAAUGUGUCCUACAAGGAGAAGACCUCCACAGAGCCCGGGAGAAACAGACAGCCUCUUUCACCCUGCUUUGUAAGGAUGCCGCAGGAGAAAUCAUGGGCAGGGGAGGAGACAACAUUCAAGUUGCCGUUCUCCCUAAGGAUAAGAAAGACAGCCCAGUCAGACCAAUGGUGCAGGAUAACAAGGAUGGGACAUACUACAUUUCCUACACCCCCAAGGAGCCUGGUGUCUAUACUGUGUGGGUCUGCGUCAAAGAACAGCAUGUGCAGGGCUCGCCAUUCACUGUGACCGUGAGGAGAAAGCACCGCCCACACCCAGGUGUGUUUCACUGCUGCACCUUCUGCUCCAGUGGAGGCCAGAAAACCGCUCGCUGCGCCUGUGGAGGCACCAUGCCAGGUGGGUACCUAGGCUGUGGCCAUGGACACAAAGGCCACCCAGGUCGUCCCCACUGGUCAUGCUGUGGGAAGUUUAAUGAGAAGUCUGAAUGCACGUGGACAGGUGGGCAGAGCGCAUCGAGGAGUCUACUUAGGACUGUGGCUCUCUGAUGGCUUUGUGCUCAGCCUUUUAAAGCUGCAGUCAGCACCACCUGAGAUUUCCAGAGGACCCAGACCUUCGUUCUUUCUAAAGAGACUGAUAGAAUUAAAAACAAAGUGCCUUAUCUUGCACUGGAGUUCAGGUGCUCUUUUGUUACUCACUGAUUGUACUUGUGGAUGGUUGAGCACAAAAGACCACCUCUACAUUUCUCUUAAAGUGUGCCUUCUUAGCUGCUUGAGAAUUCUGGGGAGAGGAUGUACACAGCACUAGUGCCUCAGCCCUGCCAAGGUCUUCACUGUAUAUAUUUCGUGUGUUCUUCUGAGAGUCUUGAUUUCCUAUAUAGCAAUAAACUCAGCAUAUAUUAAAUAUAA